UGAACAAAAAAAAUAUUGUGCAAUUUCGUCACAGUUAAAUUUCAUCACAUUUUGCCAUUAAUCUGGGUUUAAGUGCAUCAGGAAGAACUUUCGUAGCUAAAUCAACUUCUGUUCUAGCAAAGUGUGCAAACAAGCAAACAACGAACAAAAUCAUGUCUUCCCCGUGGGCAGCUGUACAGACCGUCGAAACCGUCGAUUUGCAGGAAAUCAUGUCGGAGGAGUACGCCCGGGAGCUGCAGACGAAGGAGAACUCGUCACGCAUUCCGAACAAGCCGGAACCUACGAAACCCCCACCGGUUCCGGCGCCGGCAUCUAUCAGCGAAGAACCCGUCGCCGGCUGUUCUCGGGUGCUCGAUCCCGGGAAAGUUUCGACAGAUCUUAUUCCGGACGAGCUGCUGCGAGCUUUGCAGGAAGCAGACGAUAAGGAAAUCGAAUCGGAUGCGCUGGUGGCGCGUCUGCUGCAGGCACAGUUCGAUGCGGAGUAUGAUGAGCAGAUCAAGCGCGAAGAGAACCACCGUAAUAAGGACUCCAAGGUGAAGGUUUCAUACCGAAACUAUCGAACCGUGCCGGAAGAACUGCUAUACGAGGAGCGCGAGGAAGUGCCGAUUGAUCCGAAGGCGGACUGGGAUCGUUUCGAAACGAACGAAAAGGAGCAGAAGCUGCUUCCACGGACCGGGUAUCGCGUGAAUAGCGAAGGAGAAAUGGUUACGAAGCAUAAUCUCGACAUCAGUGGGCGCAGCAACGCUUGUAAGGUGAUGUCCUUUCCACCCGAGUUCUCGACGGGCGAUGCGGCCGGCUUCGACAUGAAGCUGUCGAACAAGGUGUUCAACCAGCUGAAGACGCACUCGAAGAAAACCACCCGGAAGCUUCACAAGGCUCAGGAUCGCAAGGAGAACUUGGCGACCGCAGAAAUGGGAGUAGACGAACCAACACGUUUGAUACUGUACAAAUGGAUCAAUAACCAGCUGUUAGAUUCGGUCGAUGGGGUCAUUUCGACUGGCAAGGAAGCGAUCAUACUGCACGGCGAGACGGAUUCCGAAAAUCCGAACCUCAAGGAAGACGAUCCACUGCCACCGAAGGAGGUGGCCAUUAAAGUGUUCAGUACCACCCUGAAUGAGUUUAAGCAGCGCGAUCGAUACAUUAAGGAUGACUAUCGAUUUGCGGGACGUUUUUCCAAGCAAAACGCGCGAACGGUCAUCAACAUGUGGGCUGAGAAGGAGCUACGAAACCUGCAUCGGAUCCGUGCAGCCGGAAUUCUGUGUCCGGAGGUGGUCGCUCUGAAGAAGAAUGUACUGGUGAUGGCAUUCAUUGGAGGUAGCAUGAUACCGGCACCAAAACUGAAAGAGGCUAUACUUUCGGAUGCCCAGCUGAUCGUAGCGUACGAGGAAAUGGUCGAUAUCAUGCAUCGGCUGUACAAGGAAGCCCGUCUGGUGCAUGCUGACCUGUCCGAAUAUAACAUUCUUUGGCAUGAGGAAAAAUGCUGGAUCAUCGAUGUCGCACAAUCGGUGGAACCGAGCCAUCCGGGAGCACUGGAAUUUUUGAUGCGCGAUUGCGACAACAUCAGCACGUUCUUCGCCAAACGGGGCGUUAGUGGAGUGAAGAGCAAGGAAGACCUCUUCUUCGACAUCACGGGGCUCGAUCCAAUUUCGCAUAAUGCCACUAUUCUUGAGCGGAUACACAUGAAGGGAGAGCCGGCGCACAUUGUAUCUGGUAUCGAUGACAAUACCCCAGAUGUCUUUAAGCCCAUGCAAUAUCCCUUCGAAUUCGCCUGGGCAAAGGUGGAAUCGUACAAGAGCAAAAAGAAACAAAAGGAAGACGGACAGCAUGGUGGCGAAAGCUCGGGAUCACGGCUUCCAUGUCGUAGCACUUCAGAGUCGAGUGGCUGUGGCUCCGACGUUGACGCAGCUUUGAAAGAGGAAGUGGUCGUUGCCUAGACUAGGCCCGUCUAGGAUCCGUUAAUCCAUGUGUUUAUUGCGACCGAAUGCGUCUGUGAAUUGUUUGUCCAAUAAAUACUGCCGAAGACACAGCGACAUUUUGUGUACUUGUGUCGUUCUCCUCCUAUUGACCAAGGUCGCCGCAAUCCUAAUAAUCCUUUUAUUUGUGGGAAUUAAUGCAAAAGUAGUUAUUAUGCUAUGUGAGAUGAUUGCUACCAACGGUAUGAACCAACCUUUUUCGGUAAUGCUAGAAUGCUUAGUUGCGAUCACGAACGCCAUAUCGGAUCUUUUCGUCUGCACAGUAACCUGCUGAACUGCAUAGAGGAGGUAGCAAAGAUAUGCAACGGAAGGCUGUGAAGGAGAAUCGGAUCGGGUCAUCUCAAACCAAAACUCUUGUUCUAGCCAUAUUUUUAUUAUUUAAAAAACAUAGAAAAGUUUUCGUUUAAUAAAUAUAAAAAGUCUGUUUCACUAGUUAAAAAUUAUAAUGUGCUAC